UUGUUGAUCCUCGUUGCUUUUUUGGCAAAUCAAAUCGGCUGCGCUGAGAAAGUGCUCCAUGAUGAUGACAGUGAGUUCUACAACGACGCUGCGAGUCGAUGGAGCUCCGUCCUUUCCCAUCCUCUGGACUAUCGAACCGCUACUUUCACGCUACUUAUCGUUAAUGCGGGUUACUUCCUCAGUCGUGCAAACGGAAGGCCACCAAGUCCUGCCGAGUGGGACAAAUAUGUCAAAGCAAGAGCAGCGUUCAUCAAGAAGAAAGAGACUGACAACUUGCUACGGAAGGUUGUUCAACCAAGUGUAGUAGAGUCAGUGGUUAUACCAAAACAGCAGACCACCGAUAUGACUGCGUCUAGCAUUUUGGAGGAGAAGCUGCAAGAGCAAGAAAGCAACAGCACGCAUGAGUGGGAGCAUAAACAUUUAGACUGCCAACAUGAGAGCGGCAGUGGUGACAGAUCAAAACGUAUGGACCACCCAGUCGUGGAAAAUGCUGAUUCAGAAGGUGACCAGAGAACUGCGAUUUGGCCUGUGAUGAAUGAUGAGGUUGCUCUGAAUGAGAAAAAGAAGUCACCAGAGCAAGCCUGGGCAUGGGAGCCUGUCAGUCUGGCAGACACAGACUCAGCUCAUGAAAUCCCAAAAGUGGAGGAACCAGAAGACGAGCUUCAUCAUCUUAGAGCAUCAAUCCUGGAUCCAACACCGAUACGGCCGCAGCCGCCUGAGCCAUUUAUGGAGCCAAUCAUUAAGCCAGAGAUGCAGCCAGAACCGACUUUUGUCGUUGAAUCUCUACCUUACCAGGAGGCGAGUGAGCCACGGCACAAUGACUGGCAAGCGGGCAAGCAAGAUACCUUAGGACAGGAAUGUUCUGUAAAGUCUCCUCCACAGACCCCCAAAGAGUCACUAGCUACUGUGCAUGCCGGUGAGAAUGACUGGCGUCAGUUCCUCGAUGGCGUCAGUUUGCCGCCUACACCAAAGCUUCAAACAAAAUUGCCGCGUGCAAGACUCCCAAGACUCGAUAUCACCCCUGCAGAUGAUGCAGUCAUUGUGGAAACCCCACUCGACGAGCCCUCACAACAAGAACGACUCACUCCCGUCGAGCCACCGCUUGAGCCCCACCACGCAGGUGAUGCCGGAACAGCAGAGAGCCCGACUCUGAGGAAGAGCCGCCAUCGAAAGUCUGGGGGUAGCUGGAUCUCUUUCGCGAACGAAGGUCGACCUCGAAGUGCAGCGGGUGAAUCCGUGAAGAGUGAGAGAAGACGGAGCAAGGAUGACAAAGAAGCGCAGGCUCCGCAACAACAUGGAGAGCAUAGCAAGAAGCAGCAUAGGAAGUCGAACAGUUGGUUGGGUAAGCCCGAGAAAGGCUUCCGUGAGUGGUUCCACAGUACAAAGAAAUGAAGGUCCAUUGCAGUGUGUACAAAAUGUUUCCGCAGAGUCGGGUGGAAUGCAGCUCACUCUUGUGUUCGAUGUACAUAGCUAGACCAAAUCACGCAUACUCGCUCUUCCUUUCUUGGUGAAAUUUUAAAGCGACCCCUACACAAAAUUUUACUGCUUUUAUAAAACAUUCGUUUCAACAGUACUUCCACAUACGACCAUAGGACGUUGAAAACAAG